GGGAUCGUAUUUGUUAUCCAAGAGGCAAAGCUGCUCCUCUCUGUCUUCCAAAGCGUAUCUCCACGUAGACCCUCCCCACCACGCCUCGUCCUCGCUCACACUCAGGCACUCCCGUUCCGGCUACCCUCACUGUUACCGAGGCCACGCCCUCAGCCGCGGCCACAGCUCCGCCCUGCUCGCCCGCUCCCUACACAGCUCAGGUGUUUGGCUCCAGGACAUAAAACAAGAGGACACUAAGGCCUCGCCCGCUGCUGCCCAGGAUGCUUCUCUGGGGGCCAAAAAGGACUCUGUGGCUGCCGCAGCCCAGUCCCAGCCUCCGUCUGCUCCCGCUCCCACGACGUCCACCUCCACCACCACCACCACUGCAGCAGCAGCCGCCGUCCCUCCCGUGCAAGAGAGGGCGGUGUUGAAAAAGUCUCUGUAUCAGAGGGUUGUGGAUGAGAUGAAGCAUUACUACAAUGGCUUCCGGUUACUUGGCAUCGACAUCAAGAUUGCAGGCAGGAUGGUGUGGAGGCUGCUGCACGGACAGCUGCUCACCCGCAGGGAGAGGAGGAGGCUGUUGAGGACCUGCGCUGACCUCUUCCGUCUGGUGCCCUUCAUAGUGUUCAUCAUCGUUCCUUUCAUGGAGUUCCUUCUUCCGGUCUUCCUCAAACUUUUCCCAGAGAUGUUGCCCUCCACCUUCGAGACAGAAACCAAAAAGGAGGAGAAGCAGAUGAAGGGUCUGGCAGCUAAGCUGGAACUGGCCAAGUUUCUCCAAGAGACCAUCGCUGAGAUGGCUCGAAGGAAUAAAGCAAAAGCUCAGACAGAAGAUGAGACGCAGCGUUUCUCCACAUAUGUUCAGAAGGUUCGGGGCACUGGUGAGCAACCCACAACGAAGGACAUAGUCCGGUUUUCGAAGUUGUUUGAGGACGAGCUGACGUUGGAGCACCUGGAGCGCCCCCAGCUGGUGGCUCUGUGUAAACUGUUGGAGCUCCAGCCCAUCGGCACAAACAACUUGCUGCGUUUUCAGCUGAUGAUGCAACUCAGAACCAUCAAGUCAGACGAUGAGAUGAUUUCAGCAGAGGGUGUGGCUGCUAUGAGUGUUUCAGAACUGCAGGCGGCGUGUCGUAGUCGAGGGAUGAGGUCUCUGGGUCUCACCACUGACCAGCUACGUCUGCAGAUGCAGCAGUGGCUGGACCUGCACCUGAAGGAGAACGUUCCUCCGUCACUGCUGCUGCUCUCCAGAGCCAUGUAUCUCACUGACCUCAAACCAAAACCCCCUGUCAUCCCACCUGUUCCCAAGCUAGAGAAAUCUGCUCCUCCUCCUCCCACAGUGGAGAAUUCAGGAGCAAACAUAACCUCAGUCACUUCUGACAUGUUGGCGGACCCUGCUCUCAUCAUCAAAGAAAGACCGGUGGAGGAGAUGAGAGAUAAGGCUCCUGUGGUGUCGGACAAACCUUUGACUCCUGCUGAAGUCCUUCAGGCUAAAGCAGCAACAGAGGUGUCCCAGAAGAGCAAGAUGAGUGCCAACGGCGUGUAAAGAGGAGCAGAGUCUGGACUGAAGGGGGGAGAUGGACUCACACAGCCCUGUGUCCUCAUGGGAGGAAAAGUCCGCUGUCUCUUCUGCGUCAUCUCAGCAGCUGCCUCUUUGUACCUUCGACCCUCUGCUUUUUACAUUUUUGCACUCCGUUCUCUGUAACUCUCUGUCGGAGCUGGACAAACCAGCCUUUCACUGGACACUGAUGGUGUGAUGGAUGAGCCAUGCAUGACCCAUGGCGAGUCCCGGUCAACUGUUUGACAGUGUCUCCUUACAGUCUAGACGGCCUCGGCCUCCUCCUCCUGUAAAUGUGUAAAUAUUCUGUAUAUUUUGUCUGUCUUACAGCACAGCAGCAGCGUUGUACAUUUUGCUAUGCAAAGGCCUAAUGUCUCUCAAAGACUUUAAAGUUUUUCUCUCAUAGCAGUUUUAUUUGGAUACCUGUUUGCUCAGGAUGCGACAGAACUCCUCAUUUUUCUGUCAGAAAUAGUUUGCUGAACGUUUUGGUUCAGUUGCUGUCCCCGCCUUCAUCUUUGCUCUGUAAACUGGACCGUGCUGAUGGUCAUAAUCUCAUGUUGUCAGCUGGUGGAGUAGCAGAUUUGGACUGGCCCUGCCUCUGAGGGGCGACAUAGUGUAGCUGCUUGCUGCUGUAAUUAGCAAACAAAGACUGGUAUAUUACUGAGAGAGAGAGCUCACUCCUUAAACUCAGUGGUGACUGUGCUAAAGUGCUGCAGUCUAAGCCACGGGGUAAGCCACUCAACGGACAAUCUGUAAAAAUAAUUGCAGAUUUUAUUUGCAUAUUCAGUGUAUGUAUUGUGUUUUAACACUAUGAUGCUAAAAUUUCUUGAAACUGAAAAGAGAAAAUACUUUUUUUUUCCCAGACAGAUAUAUUGUUAACAUGGGGGGAAGCUUAAAUCCUUAAGCCACAACAGAGAUUAAUGUUAUUUUUGGGAUUGUGGCACUAAAAGAAGUAAAUGUAUAAUAUUACAAGUGAUUCGCUUAACUAUCCUACUUCCUUAGCCCUCAUAAAUAUAUGACCUUAAAAGCUGUUAUUGGAAAGUUUACUGUAUGAAUUGUAAUGUAUUGGCAAGCCCUCCCAACCCCCUUUACAUAUUUGGCAUUGUGGGAGUAAUUGAUUUCAUUGCAGCUGAAUGAAAGUCCUCAGACAUCCAUUUGUCCUCAUUGACAUCCAUUCAUAGACGCCUCCCAGCAGCGGAUGUCAUAAAUUAAAGCAUAUUUUUAAGCAAAAAAGAUUGCUACUGAAGAUUUAUAUUAUUAGUUUUACAUAUGUGCCUAAGGUUAAAGGGCGAUUGUGUUUGUGUUUGCAUUUUUCAUCAGAGAACAGAUUUUCUAUAUUGUACCAUUGUUUGUAUUUUGGUUUGAUUAUUCACCUCAGUGUGUUUAAAAGGGCCAGGUUGCACCUUUUUCUCUUUAGUGGAAUGUCUCCUCCCUCCCCUCCCCUCCAUUUGAUCCAAGUUAUCAAUCCAAAUCCAAAUGAAUCCUUUCCUUAUAAUCACCAGUGUUGAUACUGAUGAAAAAGCAAUCACCUUUUCAAUCAGCUCUGCACUCAUGGUGCACAAAGGGGAUUAGAAGAAAAAUAAUUCAAAACCAUCAGAAUAGUUGCUUUUUGUCGUCUCUGGGUGGAUUUUUAUUCCCUGACAUUCUGAGUGGAUGUGAUCUGAUUUAUGAAGCAGUUUGUGCUUUUUAACAACAUCCCGUCACCAGUUGAGAAAGAUGUGUCAUAUUGUUGAGUUGAUCUGCUGGAAGGUUUUCUGACGUGAUACAUUUGAAGACUUGGUACUGUCUACUGCGUGGUUAAAGGGUUGUGCAGCAAUUAAAUGAUGGGAACGUCUGGACUGGUUUCAUGUUUCUGACGCUGAGCAGACUGAAAGUUGUUGUAAAUGACUUAGUUAAUGGACGGGAUGCAGAUAGAUACUCCAUCUUGUCCUGAAUAACCUUCCUUGUGUCACCUCGUGGAACAGUAUGUUUCCUUUUCAUUCAUGAGCAUCAGUGUACCCGUGUGCUGUUAUCUACUGCCAUCACAGAGGGUUUGGUACAUCGUUGCCAUCAUGAUGGGUCCCCUGUCUUCUGAUUAUUUCAGUUCAAAAUUGCACUGCUGUCCAGUUACGUCUUAUCCCUACAUUAACAUGCACCACUUUACCAUGGCAAAUGAGUGUUGGGGUGAUGAGGAAAAAAAAAAAAAAGAAGCAUUCACAUGAAUAAAUCAUGAAACCGUU